AUGAACGGCGAAAAAUUGCAUGGGCUUUUUUAUAGAGACUGUAAUUUAUAUGUCGGUGAAUAUAUCUUACCCGAUCAUAUAAAAAAUGAAAAUGUUGAGGAUGGAAAAGUAAAGAAUGAAAUUAAGAAAAAGAAAACGCACAUAAAUAAUAGUAGUAAUGACAACAAUAAUAAUAAUAAUAAUGAUAAUGAUAAUGACUGUAAUUAUUCAAAAGAUACAAAUAAUGAAGAAAAAAAAAAUUCAUACAAACAAAUUUAUACAUCGAAUGAUAAAGAACAUAAUAUUGAAAUGAAUAAAAACAUAUCUUUUAAUCAACAAAAGGAAGAAAAUUUUAAUAUUAUAUUUGAUGGUGAAGGAAAAUAUAUUAAAAAAAAUGAAUUUUUUGUAGGAAAAUUUGAAAAUAAUAAUUAUAGAAAAGGUAUAUGGGUUAAAUAUAAAAAUAUACACAAUUUAUUUUAUUUUAUGAAUAUACAUGAAAUAUUAUUAAAAGGAGAAGAUAAUAAUAAAAAGGAUACAAAGUCAUCUUUAGAUAAUUUCCAAAAAUUACUAUAUGUUCCUUUGAAAGAUAUUAAUAUUUAUAUAGGUGAAUUCGAUAGAAAUAUGUUCAACGGAUUUUCUCUUUAUUUAUUUUAUCCUUUAAUAUAUGUAGGAUAUUUUAUAAAUAAUUCAAUGAAUGGAUAUGGAUAUAUAUUUUAUAUACAGUCCACAAGUCAAAAUAACAAAAAUUUUUAUAAAUUAAAUCAUAUUUUUAAUCCCUAUAAAUUGUAUGAUUUUUUAUUCAAAACAGCUGUAGAAAGAGAAAAUAAAACGAAUACACAAAUUAUGGUAAAUAAAAAAAAUACUGUGGAUAACACAAAUGUGGUUGAUAAGCAAAAAAGCUUACAUAAGGAACAACAGAUAACACAUAAUGUUGAUACACAAAAUAUUAAUAAUAAUUCAAAAAAUGAAAUACUUUUCCAAAUUUAUAAAACGCUCGAAGAAAUGAUAAAUGAACGAAAUAUCGAUUUAAAGGACAAAAAAAAUAAAAAAAGUAAUUUAGUAGAGGAGGAAAAACAAAGAAAGACCACUUGUUAUAAUUUGAUAAACAAAAUUGAAAGAGAUAUUUAUAAAACAUUUAAAUUAAAUAUAAGUAAAAAAAAAAAGAUAAAUAAAAUUAAAAAAAUUCUAUAUAAUAAUGAGGAAGAAAAUAUUCACAAUAUUUUUAAUCAUAUAUGUUAUGAAAAUUUGCUAUUCAAAGGUUAUUUUUAUAAUAAUCAAUUUUCAAAUAAUAAAAAAGAACAAAUAUUAUAUAAAGAAUUGUUUAUCCAUACAUACAAAAAUAUGAUUACUGAAAAAAUAAAUAAUAUUCAAACAAAUAUUAUGAAUAAUGAUAAUUACAAAUGUGAUGAACUUAUUUUAGAAAAUAACAUUUUAUUUGUAAUAGAAAAAAAUAAUACAAAUAAGGAUAAAAAAAAAAUGAAUUAUACAAAUAAGGAUAAUGAAGAUAACAAAAAUAAUAAUGUUAUUGCUAAUAAGGAAGAUGAAAAAAAUGAUGUUCACCAAAAUGAUUAUUGUAAUGAUAGUAAUAUUAAAAUUAUGACGGAUAAUAUAGAAGACCAGAAAGAAAAACUAAAAUUUGAACUUUUUAAAAAUAUAAUUGAUAUAAAUUUAUUGAAAUAUAUUUUUCAAUUAUCAUCUGAUCAUAAUAGUAAUAUUCAAUAUUUAAUAGAUAUAAUUAUUGAUAAGAAAAAAAUUAUCAAGUAUAAAAAUAAAAUUAACGAAUUUCAAACGGAUAUAAAUCUUUUAGAAACAGCUACAUUAAAUUUAAAUGGAUAUUAUCAAUUAAUUAUACUAAAGCUAAAAUGUAAAGGAGAUCACAUAUUCCAGUUUAUUACAAAUAACUGUAAUAUUCCAAAUGUGUAUAAAAUAAAAAUAUUUUUAAUUUCUUCAGAUAAGUCUUCUAUAAUUAAAUACAACAUAUUUCAUUUAAAUUACAUCUUGGUAUAUACUAGAACGUUAGAUAAGAAAACCAAAGUUAAAUUAAAAAAAAAGAAAAAUUAA